AUGGCUUCGCUUAAUCUGCGACAUACCAUGUCCUCCAAACUUCACUUACGGCUUUUCCUCGCCCUCGUACUGGCUUCCGUAUCAGCGCAAAAGGCAUAUCAGGAGGAGGAGGUCCGGGUCUGCGAGCUAGCUGAUCUCGAGACGCUCAGCUGGUCCCGAUGUGAAGUAGAGGUGGGAUUUAUAAAAGUUUUUUUUUGAUUUUUUGUACUGGUUUGUAUAAUACGGUCUGUGAUACACAAAGCUUCAUCAACAAGAAAGGAGAAAAUUCAUUUUUCUUGUCUAUCACCUUUUCACCCGUUCUACUGCUUGAAUUUUGUGAUGUAUGUGUAACGUAGUGUUGUGAAUAAGACGUAUAGUAUUAGUUAAGUGAUUAUAAGAUCGCACUUUUUAACGCCAGAUAGUACUAUUGUAAGGAAAUCAUACAAAACUUUUUUGUGUUUAUGUCAUAUUUACUGCGUAGUUUAUGACAUAGGAUUUUGAUCAUAAGAAAGUGCAAGUGGCGGAUAAGUAUAUGACACUCUAUUAAACGGUUGGUCGUAUCAUAAUAACGAUAGUGGUAAAGUAAUGUAAACCAUAGGGUCUAUAUUUUAUUUUGUUAGAACAUAGUCGACACAAAAACGUGAGAACAAAAAGAAAUCAAGCUUUUCAGGAAUAGAUUUACCUUUUCUCCAUUUUUUAUGUGAUAUCAAUGUUAAGUAUUUUAUUUUAACCCUUACUAUAAUAUAUUACAGAAUAACCUGCUAGCCCUAGAACACAGGAUUCAUCAAUUAGAAGAGAUAAUCAAACUUCAAGCUCCAAUUAAAGGCGCCGUCGCCAAAAGGAAAAACGAAUUUAUUCGAUUUGGCAAACGAUCUGUGGCUGCUUUAAUGGCACAUGCACCUUACAAUAGGUAGGUUUUAGUGCUUAUUCUUAAAGAUUUUUUUUAAAUAUUUUUAUUUUCGUUUUUUUCAAAAAUAAGAGUAAUAGCUAGUAAAAAUAGUGUUUUAGUUGGAAAGACCACGAAUAUUGUGGUUAGGUGAUUUUUAAAUAUUUUUUACGAGUUAGGUUUAAACUUUAAAAACGUUUUAAGCAUCAUAUGCAAUUUAAUCAUUACCUUUAAAAAUAAAAUUCAAACGUGUUUUUUGCCGGAUUAAAAGUAGAGAUUCUCAACUUAUUAUAAUAACAACAACACUCACUAAAAACAAUUUUCUAAACAAAUAUCUUCAUUUUACAAACCCGCAAAUUAAAAAAAAACCACUUUUAUUCACUUAACCCUAAUAAAACUUUAAAUUUUACAUAACUGACAUUUCACCUUUGCAGAUGGAGUAUGGACUCCGCCGAGACGAAGACAAUGCCCAUGGGUAGGUACUCCAAGUCGAGACUCGAUAAAAUAUUCGCUUUAGUUAAGAGAAAGAACGAAUUCAUCCGAUUUGGCUGA